UCUCUCUAUAGAUUUACAUGCUAAAUAUAUCCCUUGAGGAUGGACCGUACAAUGGACUGCCGUUAGUGCUCGCCGAGUUGUGGUCAUGUGCUGUGUUUAGUGAUUUUUAUUUUUUUGUAAAAUGGAGCAGCUUAUUCGAAGAUAUUUAUUAUGUAGGAUAUAAAUCCAAGUAUGAAAUUAAUCUAUUAAAACUAAAAAAAUUAAACAAAUUUGUUUGCGGCAAUUGAGAUAAAAAAAACAGCAUUGUAUUGCAAAUAGAAAAAGGAGGCCAUGGGCGUUGCCGAUGAUUUUGCUCCGAGCUUUACGCAGAAACCUCAACUGCGUCAAGAAGAUGAGGGUAAUCGAUUAAUUUUUGAGUGCAGAUUAUUAGGAUGUCCCAAACCGGAAAUAUCAUGGUUUCGGGGAGAGACCCAAUUAACGGAAGAUCAUAGGACUAUUAUGAAAAUCCAGAGCAUAGGAACCAAUACGUAUACUGUAAUAUUGGAACUAGAAGACGUCGUAGAAAUGGAUGCCGGUCUAUACAAAGUUAAAGCUAAAAAUAAGAUGGGAGAAGUAUCAGCAUCAAUAAACCUGAAUUUUAGCCCUGCUGAUGAACCUCAUGAAAAACAAAUUGAUGGUAUAGCACCAACAUUUUCUAAAAAACCAUCUAUUAAGCAAGAAGACGAAGGAAAAAGACUUUUAUUUGAGUGCACUAUACAGUCAGAUCCACGUCCAAUAAUUUCUUGGGUUCAUGACGGAAAACCCGUAAUUGAUUCACCUAGACAUAAGCAAUAUGUAGAUAAAGAUGGACAUUCCUAUUUAGCAACUCUAGAAAUAAGAAAUGUCACCGUCGAAGAUGCUGGAAAAUAUAAAGUUACAGCAAAAAACGAGUUGGGCGAAAGCAACGCUACAAUCAGUCUUAAUUUUGACAGUGACGAAGCCCCUGUACCUGAUGACGGGAUUAAGCCCACAUUUACCGAAAGACCCAUAAUUACACAGUCUGAAGAUGGUAGUAUUGUUAUUAUAGAAUGUCGUCUGGUAGGAGAUCCAAAACCAUUAGUCAAAUGGUAUUAUGGCAAAAAAUCCAUAUCGGGUAAUAGGUAUUCCUCUUCGCUUGAUGUAGAUCAAAAACUGUACUAUUUGGCUAAGAUGGAAAUAAAAAACCCUACUGUAUCAGAUAGUGGUGAGUAUAGAGCCGAAGCGAUCAACGUUCAUGGUAAAUGUAUCGCUACAGCAAUACUGAAUCUAAAUGAAGAAGCUGGUGAUCUCAAGUUACCAGAAGGAAAACAACCAAGAUUUCCAAAAAAGCCAAUAAUUCAUCAAGAAGGUGAUGUUCUAGUAAUGGAAUGUGAAUUAGAAGCAAAUCCUAUUCCUGAAAUUAAUUGGUUUCAUAGUACAAAACUUAUGUCGGAUUCCGAAAAAAUUAAAAUGUCAAAAAAGAUAGUUGGCAAAGAUCUGUUUUUACUUAGAUUAGAAAUCACAAACCCAACAAGAGAAGACGGUGGAAAUUAUCGCUGUAACGCUUGCAACUUGUAUGGCGAAAGCAACGCAAAUAUAUCAUUAAACUUCCAAGGUAGCGAUGCAGGUUCUGGGAUGGCACCAUCGUUUAUCGAAAAACCUAGAAUUAUUCCUAAUGAAGCUGGAACACUUAUAACGCUCAGAUGUAAAUGUACAGCUAACCCUAAACCCAAAGUUACAUGGUACAAAGGUACUAAAGUUGUAACCGAGACAUCAAAAAUUAAAAUGCAACUGAAUGGAGAGGACAAUACUUAUGAAGUCCUUCUUCUUAUAAAAGAUCCAAUUGGCCCUGAUAGUGGUACCUAUAGGUGUAAUGUUCAAAAUGAACAUGGUGAAAGUAAUGCCAAUUUGAAUUUGAAUAUCGAGACUGAACCAGAACCAGAAGGUGAUCCACCAACAUUUUUGGUGAAACCUAGGAUACAAUCAAAAGAAAAUGGAAAACUUAUAGUAAUGGAUUGUACGGUAAAAGCUAAUCCUAAACCAGACGUAGUGUGGUAUCAUGAUGGCAAAGUACUAUGUCAAAGUUCAAAACUGUCAUGGAGAAUUGAAGAAAAAUCUGGUUCUUAUUACAUCUGUUUAGAACUUAAGAACCCAGGCAAGGAAGAUACUGGUUUGUACAAAUGUAGUAUAAAAAACGGGAAUGGUGAACUGAAUGCAAAUUUAACACUCAAUAUUGAAAUAAUACCUGUGAUCAAAGAAGUCCCACGUGUUGUCACGAUAUCAAAAACUAAAAACGUUGUCAUUGAGUGUCGCAUCCAGUCCAUAUUUGAACCCCAAUGCACCUGGAAGAAGGACAACACUAUUAUUAAGGACAACGUUUCAAGGCGUACAAAAAUCGAACGCGUGAAAGAUGGAGAAUAUUUGGUCCAGUUGGAAGUAAACAACGCUUCUUCUACUGAUAAGGGUUUAUAUAAUUUAAUUGCCAAGAAUGAAAAAGGUGAAGUUGUAUCUACCCCAAUAGAAGUCAAAGAAGUUACUGAAGAUAAAGAAGAAAAACCAACGAUUGGUCAAAAACUUCAACCGAUUAGCGCUGAAGUAGGAGAAAGAGUAGAAUUUGUUUCUACUUUAACGAAAAUUGACAAAAAAGUCACCGUCACAUGGUACAAAAACUCGGUUGUAGUAAGAGAGUCUUCGGAUACAACUAUCAGUUUUGAUGGUAAACGAGCAACCCUAGUAAUCAGCAAAGCUAAGUUGUCACACAGUGGAAGAUAUCGAAUUGUAUUCAGAAAUACUUUAGGAAGUGACGAAUCAUAUGCUGAACUUGAUAUCUCAGAAAAAAUGGAGGUUGACGAGGAAGAAGAAAAGAAAGAGGAAACAAAAGAAAAAACAACAAAAAGAAAGUCAUCAGUUACAACUACUAAAAAAACCGUGGAAACUGAAGAAAAUGAAGAUACUCCUCCGGAAGAAAAACGAAGGGCUUCUAUCAUAAAGAAGACUACCGAGAUGACAUCUACAACAGAAGAAAAAGAAAAGAGACGAUCAUCAAUUUUAAAAAAAACAGAUAAAGAACAAAAUGAAACAACAACACAAGAAGAAAAUGAAAAUAAAGUUCAAGAAAAACGCCGAUCGUCAGUACUUAAAAAAACAACCAAAGAUACAACUGAUAGUAAAACUGGAGAAAAGAAGAAGAUCAUAAAAAAAAAAAUAGACUACGAUAGUGAAGCAUCGAAUGAAGAAGAAAUAAUCCCAGGAUUCCGUCGGUCAUCCGUACUUAAAAAAAAAACCGAAACUGAAACAAUAGAAACGGAGGAGGAGAUAGUACCGGAAUCUCGUAGGUCUUCAUUUACAAAGAAAACUUCUAACAAAAAUAAUAUAAAUAAUCACGAAGAUGCUAUGGAAGUAGAUGAAAAUGCCUAUGAGAAACCUAGAACAAAUAAAAAUGUGGAUGAUAAUAAUGGUUACUCUUCUUCUCCUGAUACAAGUAUUCAGGAAACGCCAUUAAAAAGAAAAAGUUCUAUAAAAACUAAUAGUAAGACUACGGAAACUAUAGAAACAAGUAAGCCAGAAGCUAAGAAAAGACCCUCAGUAAAAAAAACCACUGAUGCAUUAGGAAAGGUCGAUGAUGAAAAUCCAACUGUUAAACGUCGGUCAUCUGUAAAAAAGACUACUGAUACUCUUGAAAAUAUUGAAGGCAGCUUAGAAUCAAAACGACGUCCAUCGGUGAAGAAACCAAGCGAUACGCUAGACUCUAUUGAUGAAAAUAAAGCAGAUACUAAACAGCUCUCAUCGGUUAAUAAGACUAUUGAAACAGUAAAUAUAAAUGAAGACCAAAAAACAGAAAUAACAUGUCGACCAAAUAAACCAGGUGAAAACUUAUCAACUGAUGAAGAUAAUAAACCAGAGUACAAACGACGAAGUUUAGUUAAGACAACUACUGACACUACGAAAAAAGUUGAAGAUGACGUUCCAGUAUCAAGAAGACGCCCAUCAGACAAUAAACCUAAUACUACAUUAGAUCAAGAAGACGAAGACAAACCACUUUUUGGACGCCGAACAUCAGUAAAGAAAACUAAUAAUAUUCUAGAAAUAGUUGAAGAUAAUAAACCUGACAACAAAAGACGAUUGUCAGAUACAAAAAUCAAUAAUACAUUGGAUUCAUUUGACAACAAAAAAACAGAUACUAAAAGUCAACCAUUCGUAAAAAAAUCUAAUGAAAUAUUGAAUAACGACGACAAUGAAUCGGAAAUUAAGCAAAAACCCUCCCUUAACAAAUCCAGCAAUACUCUGGAAUCUAUUGACGAUAAUGAGUCGAAAAGUAAUCAAAGGCCUUUAGGAAAAAAAACCAGUGACUCAGCACUAGGUUCAGUUGAUACUAAUAAACCUGAAAUCAAAAAACAACCACUAACUAAAAAAAGUACAGUAUUUAACUCAGCUGUAGAAAAAGAUGAAACCGAGGAAAUAAACCGUCAACCAUUAAUAAAAAAUAAAAUAGUCAACACUGAUAUAAAACCUUUCAAAAGUCAUAGAGAUUUGGUAAAUCUUCGUCCAGUAGAAAGAGUAAAAAAAGUAUCAAUACCAAAAGAAAAUAUUGAACCCGUUCAGCUUGAGAAAAAAAUGCGUGCAUCAAUAACUAAUGGAACAAGACUGAAUACUCCACAGGAUUCAUUUGAUGAUACUAUAAUGGAUAAAUCUAUAGAUGAUCGUACACCGGAUGUAAGUAUUGCUGACUAUUCUGUUAUGUCUGAAGAUGAAAAUUCAAUGUACGAACAACCAAGCAUAACUCUAGAUGCUCCAAGUGACUCACCAAAAAAAAGACAUGGUCGUGUACCAGAAAUAAAAACUCCGGAAACACCCAAAAUCGAAGUUAUGAGAGAUAAGUCUCCUGCCGAUUCCCGCAAGAGCUCAUUGGGAUUAAAUUCCGGACCAGCUGGUCGACGUGGUUCUUUAAUACCUCCACCUGAAGAAUUAGGAAGACGUCCUAGUUUAAUUAUCAGUGAUGAAGAAAAUAGAAAAUUGAGGCCUGGAGAGGUCCUGGAAGACAAAAAGGUUGGAAAAUUGCGUCCUGGUCAGGUUAUUGAUGAAAAGCGUCGCCGUCCUAGUACAGAAAUGCGGCGUCCUAGUAUUGCAGAACUUGAAGACAAGAUUAACCAGCCAUCGACACCGCUAAAAGAUGUAGGGCCUGUUGGACCACCAAUUAUUGUUGAUGCUGCUGAAAGUUACUCUGCUAUUGAAGAUCAAACGGGGUAUAUAACCGUGCAAGUAGAAGGUACGCCGGCACCAACUUUCAAGUUUUAUAAGGGUAUUACUGAAAUUAUUGAAGGUGGACGGUUUAAAUUCCUUACUGAUGGUGAAACAAAUACCAUAACGCUUUGUAUGCGUAAAAUAAAACCCAAUGAUGAAGGAAAAUACACAGUUACCGUGACUAACCCACACGGAUCGGAUACAGCAGAAAUGCAGCUAUAUGUGUCAGACUCAAGUGGUAUGGACUUUAGAGCUAUGCUAAAAAAGAGGAAGUAUGCUAAAUGGGAUAAAGAUAAAGGAGAUCCUGAUUGGGGUGAACUAAAAGAAACAGAAAUUCCAGUACCAGCGUUAAAAAAAGUUGAAAGGAAACAAGAAUCGUUUUUGAAACCUUUAGUUGAUCAAUAUGCUAAAGAAGGAAAAGACAAAAAAGUUACAUUUGAAGCUGUAUUUUCUAAAACUAACUGCAAGCCUAGGUGGUUCAUUCGCAAAGAUGAAAUAUUUAUUGGAUCUAAGUAUAAAUUUAAAAACGAAGGAGAUGUAUACCAAAUGACGAUAUUGGGACCAAAAGUUGAAGACACUGGCAAAUACACAAUUGAAAUCGCAGGAGUUAGCUCUUCAGCGUAUCUAAAUGUUGAAGAACCUGCUCCGGUGUAUACAUUUAUUCGACCAUUAAAUUCAACCACUGAUGGUUACACACGUCACGAAACAAUAAUGGAAUGCACAGUUAGCAGUAGUAUGGCUAUUGUUGGAUGGUAUAAAGAAAAAACCAAAUUAACUGACGGAGAAAAGUAUAAUAUAUCUAAAGAUAUGAGUGGUAAUUGCCGUUUGACAAUAAAAAACUGCGAACUGGCUGAUAGUGGAAAAUACUAUUGUCGUAUUGAAAAACAAGACGACAAAACAUCAACUAUGGCUAAAAUAGUUGAUUACCCGUACAAAUUCGUUAAACAGCUGAAGCAUCAACAAGCAACAGAAAAAGAUUCAAUAACGUUAAUAUGCGAGUUGGAUGAUGCAGCUGGUGAUGUAAAGUGGUCUAAAAAUGGCCAGGAUCUUAAAGCUGACAAAAGGAUACGAAUUGUAAAAGAAGGCAGAAAAAGAAAAUUAAUAAUUAAUGAAGCCAAGGUUAGUGAUGCUGGUAUGUACACUUGUACAUCAAAUGCCGAUAAAACUGAAGCAGAACUUGUUGUUAAUUAUCUUAACAAAUUCAAUAAAAAGCUGAAAGAUACAACUGGUAUUGAAAGGGAUAAGUGUGUGUUGGAAAUAGAAUUACAAGACCAGACAGCUCCAGCUGAAUGGUUUUUCGAUGACAAACCCAUUGUACCCUCAGAUAGAAUUGAAAUUAAAAAUCUUGGUGGUGGUAAACAUCAACUUAUUUUUAACAAACUGGAAAUGAAGGAUGCUGGUGAGAUAAUGUGUAAGUCAGGUGAACUUACUUCCAUAUGUCUAUUAGAUGUAAAAAAAGGAGAAGAAAAACCAAUUAUAUUAUUUGACGAAAAUGUAGAGGGACCAGCAACGCGGCCGUUAGUAUUUGAAGUUCCUUACAAAGUAAAUGGAACAAGACAGUCAAAUAUUGACGCAAAGCUCUUGAAAAACGACAAACCUGUAUCUCCUAAAGAUGUUGAAAUUAUAGUUCAUGAAGAUAAAAUUAUUUAUAAUUUGAAAAAGCCUUCCCAUGCGUUAUCUGGAAAAUACCAAAUUAAACUUCAAAAUAAUCAAGGAGAGGCUAUUCAAGAUGUUAACAUUAAUAUGCAAGAUGUCCCCUCACCACCUAUAAAUUUGGAGGUAUCAGACAUAAUGAAAAAUAGUUGCAAGCUUAAAUGGCAACCUUCAGAAGAUAAUGGUGGUUCACCUAUCACUCAUUAUGUCGUUGAAAGACAAGAUUUAUCUGUAAAAGGUGGAUGGCAUAAUGUUACUGAAGUCAAGGCUGAUUCACCUUUAAACUUAAAUGUAAGUGAUUUGACAGUUAAAAAAGAAUACAAAUUCCGUGUUAAAGCAAUUUCAAAAAUUGGAGCAUCUGAACCUACGCCUUUGGCCAAAACUGUUUUAGCUAAAGAUCCUUGGGAUGAGCCCGGUAAACCAAACAAUGUAGAAGUAACUGAUUGGGACAAAGAUCACGCUGAUCUGACAUGGACUAAACCUGAUAACGAUGGUGGUGCACCCAUUACAGGAUAUAUUAUAGAGUACAAGGAAAAAUUCGGAAAAGAUUGGGUAAAAGGAAAGACGUUUGAAGGUGACAUUACAUCGGCUACAAUUGACGGUUUAAAAGAAAACACCCAAUAUGAAUUCCGAGUUCGAGCUAUUAACAAAGCUGGUCCAGGCGAACCCAGUAAUACAACAAAACCAAUCAUUGCAAAAUCACGAUUUGUUAAACCAUGGAUUAUUGGAGAUGAUUUAAAGAACAUAAUUGUAAAGAAAGGACAAGUAAUCAAAUAUGAUAUUAAGUAUGGAGGAGAACCUGAACCAGAAGUCAUUUGGCAAAUAAACGAUAGUGAAAUUAAACACGAUGGUGACAGAAUAACAAUUGAAAAAUUCGAACGCAGCACACUGCUAACAGUUAGAAGAGCUGUUAGAAUAGAUAGUGGAAAAUAUAAAUUAAUAUUGAAAAACAGUUCUGGAACUGCUGAACGGACUGCUGAAGUAAUUGUUUUAGACAAACCGAUGCGCCCUAUGGGUCCCUUAAAAGCUGAAGAAGUUAGAGCCGACCACAUUACAAUAUCCUGGCAAAAGCCAUCAGAUAAUGGUGGUUCUGAAAUAACUAGCUAUAUAAUUGAAAAAAUGGACAUGGAGACUGGUCGUUGGGUUAAUGCCGGAGAGACUGGUCCAGGUAAAGAAGAGUUUAAAGUUACUAAUUUAACACCGAAGAAAAAAUAUAAAAUCAGAGUAAAGGCCAUAAAUAAAGAAGGCGAAUCAGAACCGCUUGAAACUUCAGAAUCUAUAAUUGCUAAAAAUCCAUACGAUGAGCCCGGUGAGCCUGGUAAACCAGAAAUAAUUGAUUAUGACAACAAAAGCGUGUCAUUAAAAUGGAAGAAACCUGAAUCUGACGGUGGACGACCAAUCAUACAUUAUGUUGUUGAAAUGAAAGACAAGUUUUCAACAGACUGGAAUGAAGUAGCAAAAACAAUUGAUAAUAAUCCAGAAAUUAAAAUUGAAGGGCUUAAGGAGAAAAUGGUUUAUCAGUUCAGAGUAAGAGCAGUAAAUAAAGCAGGUCCUGGAUCUCCCAGCAAACCAACAGAACCUCAUGUCUGCAAACACAGAAAUUUAAAACCAAGAAUCGAUAGAGAAGGAAUGAAAAAUAUUACAAUUAAGGCUGGCAGAAACCAAAAAUGGGUAGUUGAUGUAUCUGGUGAACCAGCACCUACGCUAACAUGGAAACUAAAAGAUCAAACAGUUAUAAACAAUGAAAGAAUAAAAAUCGAAAACAUCGACUAUCAAACUACUUUAACUAUAACAGGAGCUAUUCGUAAAGAUACUGGUGUAUAUACAUUAAUAGCUGAAAAUGCAUCAGGGAAGGAUGAAGCAACUCUCGAGUUUACUGUAUUGAGUAAACCAAGUUCACCACAAGGACCAUUAGAAGUAACGGAUAUUACCAAAAAGAGCUGUAAAGUGAAAUGGAAGAAGCCUGAAGAUGACGGUGGAAGUCCAAUCACUGAAUAUGAAGUCGAGAAAAUGGAUGUCAAUACCGGUAAAUGGGUACGCGUUGGUAAAGUACCCGCAAAAGAUAGCAUUAAAGAACCAGAAUUCGAAGUAACUAAUUUAGAAGCUGGAAAAGAAUAUAAAUUUAGAGUUACAGCUGUAAACAAAGAAGGAGAUUCAGAGCCUUUAACUACAACUAAAUCAAUAAUUGCUAAAAACCCAUACGAUGAACCAUCCAAACCAGGAACACCUGAAAUAGUUGAUUAUGAUAAUCAAAGCGUGACACUCAAAUGGACUGCUCCAGAAAAAGACGGCGGUGCUCCCAUUGAAAAAUAUAUAAUUGAAAAAAAAGACAGGUUUAAACAGAAUUGGGAGCCUGCUAUAGAAGUAUCAGCUACAGAUCUAACAGCUAAAGUACCAGAUUUAAAAGAAAAAUCAGAACUGCAAUUCCGAAUUAUAGCCGUUAACAAAGCAGGGCCAUCGCCUGCAUCAGAACCAACAAAACUUCACAUUGUUAAACACAAGUCAUUAAAACCAAGAAUUGAUCGUACAAAUUUGAAAAAUGUUGUGGUAAGAGGCGGAAAGACGGUCAAGUAUGACGUUAAUAUUAAGGGUGAACCAGCUCCUACUGUCAGAUGGGAACUUAUAAACAAAGAGACGGAACAAGUUAUAAGGGCUGUUAUAUCCGAAGCAAACGUACUAAUAGAAAAUGUACCAUACAACACAAAAAUCACUUUGUCAGAUACAACACGAAAAGACUCGGGUGUUUAUAAAAUUAUUGCUGAAAACGAUUUUGGAAAAGAUGAAGCUACUGUUGAAGUUACUGUUCUUUGUCCACCAACAAGACCUGAAGGUCCACUCAAAGUAAAAGAUGUUACAGCUAGUAGUGCUAAGGUCAAAUGGGAAAAACCUAAAGAUGAUGGUGGUAAACCAGUUACAGCAUAUGUUGUUGAAAAAAUGGACGCACAAACAGGACGUUGGGUACCUGUUGGACGAGUUCAAGAACCUGAGAUGGAUGUUAAAGGUUUACAAGAAGGUCAUGAAUACUCAUUCAGAGUGAAAGCAAUGAAUGAGGAAGGUGAAUCUGAACCUUUGGAAACAGAAAGCACGAUAAUUGCUAAAAAUCCUUAUGAAAUUCCCGGCAAGCCUGGAACACCUAAAAUCACAGACUGGGAUGUAGAUCGAGUUGAUUUAACAUGGACGGAACCAAAACACGAUGGAGGAGCUCCUAUAACUGGCUAUGUUAUUGAAAAAAGAGAUAAAUUGUCUACUGUAUGGGAUGAAGUUUUAACUACAAAAACACCAAUAUGUCAAGGUACUGUAAAAAAUCUUAAAGAAGGAAAUCAGUAUCAAUUCCGAGUACGAGCACUAAAUAAGGCCGGACCAUCAGAACCCAGUGAUGCUACUAAAUCACAUAUAGCUAAAGCUAAAAAUUUAAAACCUCUUAUAAACCGAGAUAAAAUGCAAAAGGUCAUAGUAAGAGCUGGUCAAAUCGUUAAAUUUGACGUUGAUGUACGAGGGGAACCACCUCCAACUAUGACUUGGUCGUUUGAAAAUAAAACUUUAGUAUCAGGACGUUUAGUAAAAAUUGAUAACGAAGAUUAUAAUACAAAGUUGGUUUUAUCUGACAACAGCAGAAAAAAUUCUGGAAUUUAUACCUUACGAGCAGAAAAUGCCUCUGGAGUCGACGAAGCUACAGUUGAUGUUGUUAUUUUAGAUAAACCGUCAUCGCCCGAAGGACCUCUUGAGGUAACUGACGUGCAAAAAGAUAGUUGUAAGCUUCAUUGGAAAAAACCUAAAGAUGAUGGUGGUUUACCUAUAACUGGAUAUCUGGUUGAAAAAAUGGAUACAACAACUGGUAAAUGGGUACCAGCUGGUUUUGUAGAUCCAUCAAAUACUGACCAUCAAAUAACUGGUCUUGAGCCAAAUAAGAAGUAUAACUUCCGCGUUAAAGCAUUAAAUGAAGAAGGAGAAUCAGAACCUUUGGACACAAAUGCUUCAAUUCUCGCUAAAAAUCCAUAUGAUGCUCCAUCAGCUCCAGGAUUACCUGAAAUUACUGACUACAACGAAAAUUCUGUAGACCUUAAAUGGGAUGCACCAUUUAGAGACGGGGGAGCUCCAAUAACAGGAUACAUUAUUGAAAUGAAAGGCAAAUUUGAUCCUUCGUUCGUAAAGGCAGCUGAAAUAAUAGGAAAUGUAUGCAAAGGUAAAGUUCCAAAAUUAGAACCAGGUCACCAGUAUCAAUUUAGAGUAAGAGCUGUAAAUAAAGCGGGACCAGGUGAACCAAGUGAAGAAACAUUGCCACAUAUUGCAAAAGCUAAAUUUUUGAAACCAAGGAUUGAUAGAACCAAUUUGCAAAAUAUUGUUAUGAAAGUCGGGCACACUAAAUUGAUUGACGUAAACGUAAGUGGAGAACCUGUUCCAGUUGUUACAUGGACACUUAAAAAUAACAUUUUAUCAACUGGAAAUUCGUUGGAAAUAACUAAUAUUGACUACAAUACAAAACUAAUGAUUGGCAAAGCAAAACGUGAACAUAGUGGGGUUUAUACGAUAACAGCUAAAAAUUCUGUUGGAGAAGAUACAGCAACAAUCGAUAUAACCAUCUUAGGUAAGCCAACAAAACCUGGUGGCCCUCUGGAAGUAUCAGAUAUAACAAAGAGUGGUUGUAAACUUAAAUGGAAGAAACCAGAAGAUGAUGGUGGUACACCAAUAGAAUAUUAUGAAAUAGAAAAGCUUGAUCCACUUACUGGACAAUGGAUACCUUGUGGAAAAUCUAGCGAACCUGAAGCCAAUAUUACUGGUCUACAAGAAGGCAAACAAUACAAGUUCCGAGUAAGAGCAGUGAAUAAGGAAGGAGAAUCUGAUGAUUUAGAAGCUGACAAAUUCAUUAUUGCCAAGAAUCCAUUUGACGAACCAACUAAGCCUGGUAAACCAGUUCCCACCAACUGGGACAAGACGUUCAUUGAUCUCGAAUGGUCUCCACCAGAAUCUGAUGGUGGAGCACCUAUUGAAAAAUAUAUUGUCGAAAUGAGAGAUAAGGAUGAAAGAAACUGGGUACCAGUUUUAACAGUACCCAAUAAAACUGCUGGCCGAGUUACCGACGUAGUUGAAGGUCAUGAAUAUGAAUUCAGAGUAAUAGCUGCUAAUAAAGUCGGACCUAGCCCUCCAAGCGAUGUUUCAAAACCAGUUAUUGCUAAACCUCGGUUUUUGGCGCCAAAAAUUGACCGAAAAAAUUUGGACAAGAAAGAAAUUCGCAGAGGAAAAUUCUUAAAAUUCGAUGCGGAUGUUCAAGGAGAGCCUGCACCAACAAUAAGUUGGAUGUUCAAUGGACAACCAAUUUUAUUUAAUGACAGGCUAACAAUUGAAAAUGAAGAUAACAAAACUACAUUUACUCUACAAAAAGCUAAACGAUCUGAUUCUGGAAUUUAUACGAUAACGGCCAAAAAUGAUUCUGGUACAGACAAAGCAGAAGUUGAAAUCAUUGUACUUACUGCACCAAGUAAACCUAAAGGACCACUCAAGGUAUCUGAAGUUACUGCUACUGGUUGUGAACUUAAAUGGCAGAAACCUGAUGACGACGGCGGUAUUCCUAUUGAUCAUUACGUAGUUGAACGGAUGGACACAGAAAUGGGUAGAUGGGUCCCAGUAUGUGUUUCUAAACUACCAGAAGCCGAAGUUACAGGUUUACAUGAAAACAAAGAGUAUUUAUUCCGUGUAAAAGCUGUAAAUGCGGAAGGAGAAUCCGAGCCUUUAGAAACAGAUUUUGGAAUUGUAGCCAAAAAUCCUUACAACGAACCUGAUCGACCAGGAAAACCGUAUGCUAAAGACUGGAACAAAAAUAGUGUACAUUUGAAGUGGACGCCACCAGCAAAUGAAAAUGGUGCUCCUGUUACAUCAUACAUAAUCGAAAAGAAAGAUCAAUAUAGUUCUAAAUGGCAAAAAGCAACGGAGUUAAUUGGAAAUAAAUGUGAAGGACGUGUGCCUGAUUUGGCUGAAAACAUGAAGUAUACAUUCCGCGUUAUUGCUGUUAACAAAGGUGGUAUGAGUAAGCCAAGUGACCCUAGUGACCCUGUUACUACCAAAGACAGAAAUGUUCCACCAGUUAUUGACAGAAGUACACUAAAGAAUUUGACUUUAAGAGCUGGACAACAUGUUAAAAUUGAUGUCAAAAUUAGCGGAGAACCUCCUCCAACUAAAGUUUGGUAUCACAAUAAAGCACGCCUUGACAGCAAAAAUAACUUUAAUGUUGAAUAUGAAGAUUACCGAACAAAAAUUUCAGUAUCUAUUGUGGAUAGAUCACAUACUGGCGCGUAUAUUAUAAAAGCCGAAAAUGACUCUGGUAAAGAUGAAGCAUCAUUCGACAUCACAGUUUUAGAUAAACCAGGAAAACCAGAAGGACCAUUAAAAAUAUCAGAUGUACACAAAGAAGGCUGCACCUUAAAAUGGAAUCCUCCCGAAGACGAUGGAGGCGUCCCACUCAGUCAUUAUGUUAUAGAAAAGAUGGAUACCGACACUGGUCGUUGGGUACCGGCUGGUAGAAGUAAAGAACCUAAUUUGACUGUAUCAAACUUGGUUCCUGGUCAAGAGUACACAUUCCGCGUGUGUGCCGUUAAUUCUGAAGGCGAGUCUGAACCACUUAUUGCUGAUCAUUCAAUUAUUGCUAAAAAUCCGUUUGAUGAACCAAAUGCACCUACUGCACCAAAAAUUACUGAUUGGGACAAAGACUUUGUUGAUUUGGAAUGGGAACCUCCUUUAAAUGAUGGAGGUGCUCCCAUUUUAGGUUACGUCAUUGAAAAACGAGAGAAAGGAACAUCCCGUUGGAUAAAAUCUGGUGAAAAUAAAGAACCAGUAACAAAAGGUAGAGCUGAUGACUUAGAGGAAGGAGUGGAAUAUGAAUUCAGAAUUAGGGCGGUUAACAAAGCAGGACAAGGAGAUCCAAGUCCACCAAGUGCAUCUAUCAUAACCAAACCAAGAAAAUUGGCGCCUAAAAUUGAUCGAAAAAACUUAAAAUCUCUAACUAUUCGAGAAGGUGAACCGGUUUCUUUCGAUGUUAAAGUUUCUGGGGAGCCAGCCCCAGAUGUUACAUGGUCAUUUAACAAUAAAAAUAUACGCAAUAAUAGCAUUUAUCAAAUAGACAAUGUACCUUAUAAUACAAAAUUCUAUCACUCUAAUCCAAUGCGAAACGAUACUGGAGUAUAUAAAAUCGUAGCCACAAAUAAAUACGGCGAAGACGAGGAAGAAAUCGAAAUUACAGUUCUUGCCAAACCUAGUGCACCUGAAGGUCCAAUAGAGGUAUUAGAUGUUAACAAAGACGGGUGCAAAUUGAAAUGGAAAAAACCAAAGGAUGAUGGGGGAGAACCAUUAGAAGGAUAUUUAGUUGAAAAAUUCGACCCUGAAAAUGGAAUUUGGUUGCCUGUUGGACGUACUAAAGAUCCUGAGAUGCAAGUUGCAGGCUUAAUCCCUGGACAUGAAUAUAAAUUCCGUGUUAAGGCUCUUAAUGGUCAAGGUGAAUCGGAACCUCUUGAAACUACAUCAACUAUAGUUGCUAAAGACCCUUUCACAACUCCAGACACACCUAGUACUCCAGAAAUAAAUGACUGGAGUCAAAACCAUGCUGAUUUGGUAUGGAAAAAUCCAAUAAGUGAUGGUGGAACUCCUAUAACUCAUUAUAUAAUCGAGAAAAAAGAUAAAUAUAGUCCGGUAUGGGAAAAAGCCGGUGAAACUAUGAGUGAAGAACCUAAAGGAACUGUAAAUGGUUUAAUCGAAGGGAACGAAUACCAAUUCCGUGUUAUUGCUGUAAAUAAAGCUGGUCAAAGUGAACCUAGUAAACCAACAGCCACCUUUAUAGCAAAACCACGAUAUUUGGCUCCACAUAUUGACCGACGUAAUUUACAUGAUGUAAAAUUAUCUGCUGGUACGUCAUUAAAACUAGACGCAGUUAUCACAGGUGAACCACCUCCACAUGUAGACUGGAGAUGUGGUGCAAUGCCCUUAAAAUCUGAGCCACACGUUCAUAUUGAAAUAGUAGAUUAUUACACUAAGUUAAUAAUACGACCAGUUAAUCGAGGUAAUAGUGGUCAGUAUACUGUUACAGCCGUAAAUAGUUCCGGAAAAGAUACUGCCACUAUUAAUGUUAUAGUUACUGAUAAACCAUCUCCACCCAUAGGACCACUACAGAUUUCUGAUAUAAACAAAGAAGGCUGUCAAUUAAACUGGAAAAGACCUGAAGAUGACGGCGGUACACCAAUUGAAUAUUAUUUAGUAGAAAAAUUCGAUGUACAGAAAGGCAGCUGGAUUCCUUGUGGUCGAACAGCCGAUACAGCGCUUGCAGUAACUGGCUUAACGCCAGAUAAGGAAUAUAAAUUCCGCGUUACUGCUGUCAACGCUGAAGGUGAAUCUGAACCAUUGGUAACAAAUAAAUCAAUCGUUGCUAAAAACCCUUUCGACGAACCUGGAAAACCAGGUAACUUAGAAGUGACGGACUGGGAUAAGAAUUUUGUCGAUCUAAAAUGGAUACCACCAAAGGAUGAUGGUGGUUCGCCUAUUACGGGUUACGUAGUGGAAAUGAAAGAUAAGUCAGGAACUUGGGAAAAAGCACUUACAGUGCCAAUAGGACAAACAACAUGUACUGUUCCUGGUUUGAUGGAGGGCGAACCUUAUCAAUUCCAAGUUAGAGCAAUAAAUGCUGCUGGCCCUGGAGAAGCUAGUGAACCAACACAAACUAUUAUAACUAAACCACGCAAUCUGGCACCACAUAUUGACCGCACAAACUUAAAUGACAUCAAAAUUAAAGCAGGACAAACUAUAAGUUUUGAUAUUAAAGUUACCGGUGAGCCUGUUCCAAAAACUAAAUGGGUUAAAAACCAUAGAGAUAUCCGAACAGGCGACGGUGUUAAACAGACACACGUAGAUUACAAUACUAAAUUAAUUAUUCGCAAUGCUACUCGAGAAGAUUCUGGAACAUACACAUUAACAGCAGAAAAUAUAAAUGGAAAAGAUACAGCAUAUGCUGAAAUUACUGUUUUAGAUAAACCUAGUGCACCAGAAGGACCAUUAAAGGUUUCAGACGUAACAGCUGAGGGCUGUAAACUUGCAUGGAAACCACCUGAAGAUAAUGGUGGUCAACCAAUUGAAAACUAUAUAAUUGAAAAAAUGGACGAAGCGACCGGUCGCUGGGUGCCUGUAGGCGAGACUGAUGGUCCAGAAACCAAUUUUAAUGUAAAAGAUUUAAUACCAGGACAUAAAUAUAAAUUUAGAGUAAGGGCUGUAAAUAAACAAGGAAAAUCUGAUCCAUUAACAACUAACCAAAGUAUUGAAGCUAAAAAUCCAUUUGAUCCACCCGGUCGCCCAUCCAAUCCCAUUGUUAAAGACUUUGACAGAGACUUUGUUGAACUUGAAUGGGAAAAGCCUAAAACUGACGGUGGAUCACCAAUUACAGGCUAUUUAAUCGAGAAAAAAGACAAAUUCAGUCCAAAUUGGAUCAAAGCUGUUGAAGUUGCUGGUGACAAAAAUAGUGGAAUCGUACCUGAUUUAACUGAAGGAACCCAAUAUGAAUUUCGUGUACGUGCAAUUAAUAAGGCUGGCUCAGGUGAACCUAGUGAACCUACAUUGCCACAUACAGCAAGACUUAAAAAAUUGGCACCACAUAUUGAUCGAAAUACUCUUGCGGAUAUAAAGGUUAAAGCUGGAAAUAUGUUCGAAUUCGAUGUUAAGGUAACUGGAGAACCUCCUCCAACUAAAGAAUGGUCAUUUAAAGGAAAUGUUUUAAUUAAAAAUGAAAAUAUGAGUAUUUAUAAUCAAGAUUAUUCGACAAAACUUAAAGUAAUUGACGCUAAACGUUCAGAUGAUGGAAUUUACUUCCUUGUUGCCAAAAAUAUGCAUGGAAUGGAUAAAGCACAAGUCAAAGUCACUGUUAUAGACGUACCGCAACCACCAGAAGGUCCAUUACACCCUACCGAUAUUACCAAAAAUUCAUGUGUACUCAAAUGGAAUCCUCCUAAAGAUGAUGGUGGAUCAGAAAUCACACAUUAUACUGUUGAAAAGAUGGAUGCAGAUACAGCAAGAUGGGUUCCAAUAGGAGAAUCUACCGGAACAUCGUUCAGAGCUGAUCAUUUAAUUGAAGGACAUAAUUACAACUUCAGAGUAAGAGCCGUUAAUAAAAUAGGUGAAUCAUCGCCUCUUAAUACGUUUGACAGUAUUACUGCAAAAGAUCCAUAUGGAAAACCUGAAAAACCAGGCGCCCCCGUCGCUACUGAUUGGGGAAAAAGUUUUGUGGAUCUUGAAUGGAAACCACCGAAAAAAGAUGGUGGAUCUGAUAUAACUUCUUACAUAAUUGAAAAACGAGAAAAAUACGGUCCAUGGGAAAAAUGUGCUACUGUAAAUGGAAAGAAAACUAAUGCUACAGUUCCCGAUCUAACAGAAGGUCAUGAAUACGAAUUUCGAGUGAUAGCUGUUAACAAGGGUGGCCCUGGAGAACCAAGUGAACCAUCAGAUGUUAUCACAUGUAAACCAAAAUUCAUGGAACCAGUUAUCGACUCAACUUUCUUGCCUGAUCUUAUUGUUCGAGCUGGUAAUAAAAUAAAUUACACUAUACCAAUCGAAGCAUCUCCUAAACCAUCUGUCAAAUGGAGCAUUAACGAAAUUCAAGUUAAAAGUAGUCCCAGAGUGGACAUUCAAAUUUAUAAUGCACAAGUCAUUUUUGAAAUACCAUUCUCACAGCGUAGUGAUACUGGUCGUUAUACCUUGACACUAGAAAAUGAUUUAGGAAAAUGUUCAGCAUCUGCAAACGUUACAGUACUAGAUCGUCCUUCGCCACCAGUAGGUUCAUUAGAUGUUUCUAACGUGAGAAAAGAUGGAUGCCGUUUAACAUGGAAACAACCAGUCGACGAUGGUGGCGCUCCGAUUUUACAUUAUGUGAUUGAAAAAAUGGAUGUAUCUAGAGGAACAUGGUCGGAUGCUGGAAUGACCACAUCGCUUUUCCACGAUGUUAUACGUUUAAUUCAUAAACGGGAAUACUUGUUCAGAGUAAAAGCAGUUAAUAAUAUCGGCGAAUCAGAUGUACUUGAGACUGAUAAAUCGACUAUUGCUCGCAAUGAAUUUGAUGAACCUGAAGCACCUGAAAAACCAAUUAUUACUGAUUGGGAUGAAAACUUUGUCGAGUUACAGUGGGAAAAACCCAAAAACGAUGGUGGUAGUCCGGUUACUGAUUACAUUGUACAAAAAAAAGAAAAAGGUAGCCCAUAUUGGGUUAAUGCUGUUACAGUUCUGGGAAGAGAAACAAAAGCUACCGUACCUGAUUUAUUCAAAGGACAAGAAUACGAAUUUAGAGUUAUAGCCAACAAUAAAGCUGGAUCUAGUCCUCCAAGUGAUCCAUCCGAUCCAAUUAUCAUUAAAAAUAGACAUUUAAAACCAAAAAUCAAGACUCCAUUAAAAGAUCUUUUUAUUCGAGCUGGAACCGUACUACAUGUUGACAUUGAUUUUAUUGGUGAACCACCUCCAGAGGUAACAUGGUCCCUAAACGGUUCGGAAAUGAAACCAGAUAACCGGACGACCAUAACAUCAAUCGGUUACCAUACAAUAAUGAAUAGAGUAAAUUCUAAACGUUCUGAUUCUGGAGUUUACAAUUUAUUAUUGAAGAAUGAUUCUGGAACAGAUGAAGGCUCAUUUAACGUCACAGUACUUGAUCGUCCCGGACCACCCGAUGGACCAUUAACAUAUGAAGAUGUUACUGCUAAUUCAGCUACAUUAUCUUGGAAGCCUCCUAAGGACAAUGGAGGAAGUGAACUAACGGCAUACGUAAUCGAAAAGCGCGAUCUAACUCAUGGUGGUGGAUGGGUACCAGCUGUUAACUAUAUUAAUCCUGCUUUUACACAUGCUACUGUACCGAGACUUAUCGAAGGAACUCGAUAUGAAUUUAGAGUCCGCGCAGAAAAUUUACAAGGACUUUCUGAACCUUUGACUACUCUUGAGCCAAUUAUUGCUAAGAAUCAAUUUGACGUUCCGGGCAAACCAGGUAAACCUGAAGCACUUGAAGUAGACCAAGAUCAUAUUAAAAUCGUAUGGACUGCUCCUAUGAGUAAUGGUGGUUCACCUAUUAUCGGAUAUGAUGUUGAAAGAAGAGAACGAUCAUCCGCUGGACGAUGGGCAAAAAUAACAAAAACCCCCGUUAAACAAACUGAAUAUGAUGACACCCAUGUUCAUGAGGGAAAACAAUACGAAUAUAGAAUAAGUGCAGUAAAUGCCGCUGGUUCAGGUAAACCCAGUGAAAUUUCGGACGUUUACACAGCAAAAUUAACAAGAGAAAAACCAAAAUUACAUUUGGAUGGUUUAUUGGGAGGUAGAAUAAAAGUUAGAGCUGGAGAGCCAAUCAACAUAAGUAUUCCAAUAUCAGGUGCUCCUACCCCCAACAUUGAAUGGACAAUAAACGGUGAAAACCCGCCAAUAACCAAUCGCAUUCUGUCCGUAACUAGUAGCAAUUUAACCAAAUUAAGAGUAGAUAAUUCAACACGUAAAGAUGCUGGAAAAUAUACCGUGACAGCUUCAAAUUCUUCUGGAAAAGAUUCAGCUGAUAUAUAUGUAUCAGUAGUCAGUUGUCCUAGCGCACCCCAAGGACCUCUACAAUAUCCUGGAACUACCCAUGAUACUGUUACAUUAGUUUGGAGACCUCCAGAAGAUGAUGGGGGUAACGAUGUCACAGGAUAUAUGGUUGAAAUAUCCGAGUUUGGAUCGGAUAGCUGGAAACCAAUUCCUGGAUUUUGUCCCAAUACAACAUUUACUGCAAAGGGAUUACAAGAAGGAAAACGAUAUGUAUUUAGAGUACGGGCUGAAAAUAUGUAUGGUCAUUCAGAACCAUUAGAAGGUCUUCCUGUAGUUGCAAAAAGUCCAUUUGAUCCACCCGAUGCUCCUGGACAACCUGAAGUUACUCAUUAUACUCCAAAUAGUUGUAGUUUCUCUUGGACUCCACCAGUUAAUAAUGGUGGUAGACCAGUGACUGGUUAUAUUAUCCAAAAACGUGAAAGAGGUGGUGAUUGGGUAAAAUGUAACAAUUAUCCCACUUCAAACACAAGUUUCACUGCUCAAGAUCUUAGAGAAGGCAAUCGUUAUGAAUUCCGUGUACAUGCUGUCAAUGAGGCUGGUACAGGAAAACCAAGCAAACCAAGCAAUCCAAUGACAGCAAAAGAACAAAAGAAGGUACCUGAAGCUCCUGAAGCACCAAAACCGGAUAGAAUUACUAAAGAUAGUGUUGUUUUAUCAUGGAGACCUCCAAGAUUUGAUGGUGGUUCAAAAAUAAAAGAGUAUGUAUUAGAACAGAAAAAGAAGGGAGAUAUUAAUUGGUCGGAAGUAGAUUGUCCAACUAUUUAUUCGACACUGUGCACGGUUGGAAACUUAAAAGAAGGUGAAGAGUAUCAAUGGAGAGUAAUGGCCGUAAAUGAAGAAGGUCGAUCAAAACCUAGUCGACCAAGUGUUAAUGUUCUGGUUGAAGAACAGGCAAAUAAACCAUGUUUAGAUUUAUCAGGCGUUAGAGAUAUCACUGUUAAAGCUGGUGAAGAUUUCUCCAUACAUAUACCAUAUGUUGGUUUCCCAAAACCAACUGCAACUUGGUUUAAUAAUGAUCAAAUAAUAGAUGAUACUGAUUCCAGAGUUCAUUCACAAUUAACAGAUAACUCUGUCAGUUUAGUAAUUAAGAACUCAAAACGAAUAGACGCUGGCCAAUACAGAUUACAAUUACGUAAUCAAUCUGGAUUCGAUACAGCAACUUUACAUGUCAAAGUAUUAGAUAGACCACAACCUCCUGAAAACUUGUACGCUGAUGAUUUAAAUGGCGAUUCUUUGACUUUAUUCUGGCAACCACCCAAAAAUAAUGGAGGUGCACCAGUUUCAAAUUAUAUUACAGAAAAGAAAGAAAUAAACUCUACAACAUGGCAAAAGGUAAGCAAUUAUGUAACAUCACCACAGUGUAAAGUACGAAAUCUUAUUGUUGGAAAAACUUACCAAUUCCGUGUAAUGGCUGAAAACAAAUAUGGCGUAUCAGAGCCUGCAAUAACUACUGAUCCAAUAACUGCUAGACAUCCAUUUGAUGUACCAGGCGCACCAGGAGCACCAAAAGGAAUUGAUACAUCUGAAGAAUCAAUUACAAUUCAAUGGACUAAACCCCGCAAUGACGGUGGUUCACCUAUUACUGGAUACAUAGUUGAAAAACGACUUAUCAGUGAUGACAAAUGGACUAAAGCAUCACAUGCUAUUAUACUUGAUACAACGUUAAAGGUGCAUAACUUAAUUGAAAAUCAUGAAUAUGAAUUCAGAGUUAGUGCAUUAAAUGCAGCUGGACAAGGACCAUGGAGUUCUUCAUCAGAUGCCAUUAGAUGUUGUGCUCCAGCUUCUGCACCAAAAAUAACUAGUGAUUUAUCUAUUAGAGACAUGACUGUAAUAGCAGGUGAAGAAUUCACUAUAACUGUUCCAUUCACUGGUAGCCCACUACCAAAACCAGUGUGGAGUAUAAACGGUGAAGAGAUCAUACCUGAUUCAAGAAUCAAGUUUGAAACAACACUAACAGAAACUAUCUUCAAAAAUAAAUGCGCCAAGAGGAAAACCGAUACAGGAAAUUACACAAUUCAUUUAAUGAACACUAUCGGUGCUGAUUCAGCAUCUUGUAAAGUACUUGUAGUUGAUAAACCAUUGCCACCUCAAGGUCCACUAGAAGUGUCUGAUUUAACACCAGAAUCUUGCUUAUUAUCCUGGAAACCACCAUUAGAUGACGGAGGCUCACCUAUCACAAAUUACAUUGUUGAAAAAUACGAGGUUUCUUCAGGAUUAUGGUCUAAACUUAGUAGUUUUGUUCGACCAUGUCAUUAUGAUGUCAUUAGCUUGGAACCAAAUAAAAAGUACAAUUUCCGCGUGAGAGCCGAAAACCAAUAUGGUAUUUCGGAGCCUAUCGAAAUGGACUCAAUGAUCACUGCCAAGUUCCCAUUCACAGUACCUGAUCCACCUGGCCAUCCACAAGUAUUAGAAUGGGAUGAAAUUAAAGCAACUUUAACUUGGGAACGGUCUGUACAUGAUGGAGGAUCUAAAAUCCAAGGAUAUAAAAUUGAGUUUAAAGAUCUUACUGAAGGUGGUACUUGGAGAACAGCAAAUGAUUAUGUAGUGAAAGAACCAUUAUACGUGAUUCAUAAUUUAUUAAAUGAACAUGAUUAUGAAUUCCGCGUAUUAGCUAAGAAUGCAGCUGGUUUCAGCAAGCCUUCUGUUCCAACAUCAAGUUUCCGUUUGAAAGGUAACGCCAAACCACCAUCAAAACCAGGUACACCAAUUGUGCUUAAAAUUGGAAGAACAUAUGCAGAUCUCAAAUGGGAACCACCAAUAUCAGAUGGCGGUAGUAAGAUAACUGGUUAUCUAGUCGAAAAACGACAAAUUGGUGGUAGUCCCGCUUGGGUAAAAUGCAAUGAUUACUCCGUAUUUGAUUGCCAAUUUAGUGCUAUGAAUCUAGUAGAAGGAGCAGACUAUGAAUUUAGAGUAUUCGCUUUAAAUUCUGCUGGAAGAAGUGAACCCAGUUUAUGCACCACGCCAGUUAAAAUAUGCGAGUUUGAAGGCGGUGAAAAACCAGAUUUUAUUGUACCUCUAUCUAAUAAAGUUGUUCAAUAUGGUAAACCAAUUACUUUAUAUUGUGAAGCUGUCGGCAAACCUUUACCAAACGCAAAAUGGUUGAAGAAUGGUCGAGAAAUAGCUUUAGGUGGAAGAUACAAAUGUGAAUCGGCUAAUGGCGUGUUCAAAUUACACUUCCCUGAAGUCUCUGAAAUCGAUGACGGUGACUACACUUGUCAAGCUUACAACUCAGUAGGUUUUGUUACAACUUCAUCGCGAGUUAAAAUUGGACAUCCACCAAAAAUAGAAAGAAUGCCAAAUGAAAUUAAUGUACCUGAGAGCGAAAAUAGUAAGAUUAAAAUAUUCUACAGUGGAGAUACAUUAGACGACGUUGUCUUAGAGAAGAAUGGCACUAAAGUAGAGGAAAACGAUCAUUUCAAGUCAACUAUUUUUGACGAUUAUGUUAUAUUAAUCUUAAGAGAAGCAAAGAAAAAUGAUGCUGCUAAUUAUACAGUAACCUUAAGAAAUCCAAGUGGUAAUGCUUCAGGAUCAUUCACAGUGAACAUAUCUGGUUUACCAGGACCGCCAAUCGGUCCAUUAGAUGUGUCAGAAAUUACAAAACACACAUGCGCCCUAUCAUGGCAUCCUCCUAAAUUCAAUGGUGGACUUAAGAUCACCCAUUAUAUUAUCGAACGUAGGGAUAUUAACUCAAACCAUUGGAUUUGUAUUUCUACCACAUGUAAGGAUACUCAUUUCUUCGUCCAAGGUUUAGCUGAAGGAAAUGAGUAUAUCUUUAGGGUAAUUGCUGUCAACGAUAAUGGUCUCAGCCCACCCUUGGAAGGCGUCAAUCCAAUAAAAGCAAAAUCACCUUUCGAUAAACCAUCAUCACCAGGAGUUCCAACGGUCACUGAAGUAGGUGGAGAUUUCGUCAAUCUUAGUUGGGAUAAACCACUUGAUGAUGGUGGAUCGAGAAUUCAAGGUUAUCUAAUUGACAAACGGGAAAUAGAUUCUGAUACAUGGCAAAGAGUAAACGCAUCAAUUUGUGCUCCAACACAAAUCAAUAUUGCAAACCUAAUUGAAGGCCGUCAAUAUGUUUUCCGUGUGUUUGCUCAAAACGAAGCCGGAUUAAGUUUGCCUAGUCAAGCAUCCAACACUGUAACAAUCAAAGACCCAUUAACUGCACAACCACCAGAAAUAGUGAAACCUUUACGAAAAAUUCAAGCGGUUCAAAAUCAGAACGCUCAAUUCCAAUGUGUUAUAACUGGAGUGCCUAAACCUACUAUAACUUGGUAUAAGGGUGCACGGGAAAUAACUCCUAGUGCACGACAUCACAUGUUCCACGAAGGAGAUACUUAUACCCUUAUCAUAAAUGGAGUAUAUGGAGCUGACUCAGAUGAGUACGUGUGUAGAGCAAGCAAUAAAGGUGGUAUUAAAUCAACUCGCGGAGAACUAUUAAUAAUGACACCUCCAAAAUUGAAUGUCCCCCCAAGAUUCAGAGACACCGCGUUCUUCGAUAAAGGUGAAAAUGUAGUAAUCAAAAUUCCGUUCACUGGAUUUCCCAAACCAAAAAUCACUUGGUAUCGUGAAAAUGAAGUUAUUGAAUCUGGUAGUCAUUUUGCCGUAGAAGUUUCAGAAAGACAUGCAAUUUUAACAAUAAGAGAUGUGAGCAAAUAUGAUACUUCACCUUAUCGUGUAUUAGCAGAAAAUGACUUAGGCGUGGAUAGUGCAAUAAUAAAGAUACAGAUUAGUGAUCAUCCUGAUCCUCCAACUAACUUAUCCGUCGAGGAUAUUGGUCAAGAUUCAUUGGUACUAAGUUGGACACCACCAAUUUGGGACGGAGGAUCAAACAUCACCAACUAUUUGAUAGAAAAACGUGAGAUUCCAAUGAGCAGUUGGAUACGUGUGAGCAAUACACGAUUUACUUCCUCUGCUGUAGCUGGUUUAAGUCCAGGACACGAAUAUGAGUUCAGGGUAUACGCAGAAAAUGUGUAUGGAAGAAGUAAACCUAGUGAUAUUUCAACCACGAUAAAAACUAAAGAAUCAUUAAAGAAAGCACCAAAAACUCAACGAUAUGAAUUUGAUGAGAAUGGUAAAAAAAUACGAGGCAAAGCAGAUGGAAAUAUUAAAGACUAUGAUCAAUAUGUGUUUGACAUUUAUUCUAAAUACGUACCGCAACCUGUAGAUAUAAAAACUCAAUCUGUGUAUGACGACUAUGAUAUACUCGAGGAAAUUGGAACUGGAGCUUUUGGUGUUGUACAUCGCUGCCGCGAAAGAAAAACUGGCCACAUUUUUGCAGCUAAAUUUAUACCAAUAUCACAUAACGUAGAAAGAGAGCUCAUCAGACGUGAAAUUGAUAUUAUGAAUCAAUUACAUCAUCCUAAAUUGAUAAACUUACAUGAUGCAUUUGAAGAUGAAGAUGAAAUGGUUUUAAUAUUUGAAUUCUUAUCUGGAGGUGAAUUAUUCGAAAGAAUCACAUCAGAAGGAUACAGUAUGUCUGAGGCAGAAGUUAUUAAUUACAUGCGCCAGAUAUGCGAAGCCAUUAAGCAUAUGCAUGAGAAAAAUAUCAUUCAUUUAGAUAUAAAACCUGAAAACAUCAUGUGUCAAACUAAAAGAAGUUCCAAUGUGAAGCUUAUUGACUUUGGUCUAGCCACUAAACUAGACCCUAAUGAAAUUGUCAAAAUUUCAACAGGAACUGCCGAAUUUGCUGCUCCUGAAAUCGUUGAAAGAGAACCUGUUGGUUUUUAUACAGACAUGUGGGCUUGCGGUGUUUUAGCCUACGUGCUUUUAAGUGGUCUUUCGCCAUUUGCUGGUGAAAAUGACGUCGAAACAUUAAAAAAUGUAAAGGCUUGUGAUUGGGACUUUGAUGAAGAAACAUUUGCCCAUAUUUCAGACGAAGGCAAGGAUUUUAUUAGAAAACUUUUAAUCAAAAACAAAGAAAAAAGAAUGACUGCUCACGAGUGUCUAAUGCAUCCAUGGUUGAUGGGAGAUCAUUCCGAUAGAACCACCACUAUUAACAAGUCUAAUUUCAUUAAAAUGAGAGACCAAAUAAGGCAAAAAUAUAAGGACUGGGAUUCAUUUGCUCUGCCUCUUGGUAGAAUUGCUGAAUAUAGUGCUCUUAGAAAACUUAUGGUAGAAAAAUACAAAAUAUUUGAAACUUCAUUCGACCGAAGACAGGCUGCUCCGCGAUUUGUAAUCAAACCUCAAAGUGCAUUCUGUUAUGAAGGACAGAGCGUGAAAUUCACAUGCAGAGUUAUUGCUGUAGCCCAUCCUACGCUAUCGUGGUAUCAUAAUAACGACGAACUCAGACAAAGUGUGAAGUUUAUGAAACGGUACGCUGGUGAAGAUUACACGUUCAUUAUAAAUAGGGUCAAAUUAGAUGAUAGAGGCGAAUAUAUUAUCAGAGCAGAAAAUACUUAUGGAUAUAGAGAAGAAGUCGUUUUUCUUAAUGUACAACCUUUGCCUAAAGCUGCACCUAUAUAUAGACCUGAAGUACAACAAAUUAGAAGACGAGAACCAUUAGCUCAUACGUAUUAUAUUGAAGAAAAAGAAAGUGCACCAAACUUUACAUUCUUGUUACGUCCUCGUGUUAUUCAAAUACACCAGACUUGCAAGUUACUCUGCUGUCUCAGUGGAGCACCCAUUCCAACCAUCAAAUGGUAUAAGGGAACAAAAGAACUAUCAAAACACGAGUAUACUAUUACACAUACAGAUGGUGUUAUUACUUUAGAAAUAGUUGACUGCAAACCAGAAGAUUCAGGAAAAUAUCGUUGUGUUGCCACAAACAAACACGGAACAGAUGAAACUAGCUGUGUAGUAAUUGUAGAAGGUAGCGAUCAAACUGAAGAACAAGCUCAAUUAUCACAUAAUUUACUUCACUCAGGAGAUCGCAGGUACCAUCAUCAACAUCAUAGAGAAGCUCCAAAAGUGAUAACCAAACGUACAGCAAUUACGUCAAACGUUCACGGUGAUAGUUCAGUUUCAUCAAGCAGAACUGUUGCUGACAAUUUAUCAACGAAAAUUAGUAACACUACAUUUAGUUCAUCAGAUAAUAAGAGUAUCAAAAAAUAUGGUCAAAAACUGGACGCAGCAGGCAGUCCGUCUCGAUCACGUAGCGCCACUAAAGAAUUAAGAUUAACUCCAGAUGAAAACAUGUGUCCACCAGACUUUUCUAGUCGUUUAGUUGACACAACAGUAAAUGACGGACAACCUUUAGAGUUCAUUUGUAAAGUCAGUGGAGAUCCUGAACCACAAAUUUCAUGGCUCAAAAAUGGAAAGAUAAUAAGUUCAUCUGAUGUGUUGGACUUGAAAUAUAGAAAUAAAGUUGCUUCAUUAAAAAUAAACGAAGUAUUCCCUGAAGAUGCAGGAGAAUAUGUUUGCAAAGCAACUAAUUCCUUAGGUAGUAAGGAAACAUCUUGCAAACUUACAAUAAAAGCUGUGGAAAUAUCAAAUAGCAAAAACAAAAAUGAUUCUCCACCAGUAAUUGCAAGUCAUUUGACUUCAGCUGUUGUAACUGAUGGUGAUGCUGUUACGCUUCAAUGUCAAAUUAUUGGAUCCAACAAAUUUGAUGUCGUUUGGUUACACAAUUACAAAGAAAUUAAACCUAGCAAAGACUUUGAAUAUGGAAACAUAGCCAACGUUUACACAUUGAAAAUUGCCGAAAUUUUCCCAGAAGAUUCUGGUACAUAUACCUGUGAAGCAUUCAAUGACGCUGGAGAAGCUUUCAGCAGUUGUACACUUGUGGUUCUAGCUCCUAAUGAAAAACCUAAAAGUAUAACAUUUGAAAAAUUCCCCAAGUCUGUCACAUCUCAAGAAAAAGAAAGUAUUGAUGUAGAUUGUGUAAUUAAAGGAAAUCCAUCUGAAGUUACAUGGUAUAAAGAUGGGAUACCCGUCGGUCAAGAUUCAGCCAUCUACCAAACGACCAAAUUGGACAAUAACUACAAAAUUAAAAUCCUAAGAGCUAGUCAAGAUGAUAUAGGUCAAUAUGUAAUAGAGGCUAAAGAUAAAAAAGGUGCACACGCUGCAGCAGCAUUUUCUGUCAAUUUAGCUCUUUUAUCAGAAUAAAUAUACGGUAUGUUUAAUUAUAAAAUAUUUCAACAUAAAGUUAUAAUUAAAAAUACAUUAUAAAGUUAAAUUUAUUGUAGAACUGCCAUUUUAACCUCUAUUGUCUCUAUGCAUACCACCAGCAUAAUACUAGUAAUUUUAAUAUAAAAAAAAUUGAUUUACAAUGUAUAUUUCCAUUUUCUACUAUGUAUAGUAUAUAUUAUUACAAAGAUUGUAAGUAUAAAUUAAAAUGUAUGAAGAUAAACAAAUUCUUGAAAUACUAAUAACGUAAAAUAUUUCAUUUGAUGCAAGUUAAUGUGCUUAGUUUUCUGAAUAACAAGUUAUAAUUUAUAAUUUCGUGUAAAGAAUAUCAAAUAUAUAUUUGUUAUUGGUAAAUUAAAGGUUACUACCUUGCAGUUAUAUUAUUUUUGUUAAAUUAAAUCAGUAUAACAUCUUAUCAUUUUAUUGAAUAAAAAAAUCACUAAACGCAGCGUAAUAUAAUUUAAAGAGUAUACCUUUAAUUUAACACUAGCAACUGGAAAUAAUUUGUAACUUAUAUUAAAUGUAUAAAAUUAAUGUUGUUAAACUUAUAAAUUAACCUAUAAUGUUCAGUAUCUUUAUAAUGAUGAUGAAUAAAUAAAAUCAAUAUUUUAAUAAAAAUCAAACCAAUUAUUGAAAGGAUUAAUGACUAAUAUUUGUUAAGAUAUUACUUAUUAUUGUUAUUUUUUAUUAAGAUAUAUAAAAAUUAAGUUAUUCAAAUUAUUUAUAUGAAUUUUUUGUUUUAUUAUGUUGUUUAUUUUUGAGAUUUAGUGUUUAGCUUUUUAAGUAGAUUUUUUUUAUUUGCAAAUAUUAACUUCAUAAAUUACUAUAACGUAAGGAUAUAAUUGUUAGUUUUGAAUUACAAUUUGCUCUGUUUAUUUUAGGUCCUAAUUAGUUAAAUAACACGUUCAAUGAAAAAUGAAAAAGUGUGUAAUUAUUUGUUCACCAAUAUACAGAGUAAUUCUGAACCAAA